CAGUAUACAGGUCCUCAAUGGAAGACAGGUUGGUAGCAAUUGUUUCUUCUACAGUUCUAAUUAUCCGUUGAAAUCUGUGUCUGUCUUGUUGGGCUGCAGGAUGUUCUGUUUUGAGAGGCUACUAAAGGAAUAGAUUCCAAUGGAUACCCUUCUGCUCCUGAUUACUGCGAGGAUUUCUUAUACAUCAUUCAUGCUCACAAAACUACCAGAUCUGGAUUACUAACAGAUAGCAAAUACAGAAGGCUUUUCUUCCUUUUUGGCUCAUCAAAAAGUUUUUAUCUGUCAAAAUACCACAUGAUCCAGCCGUUCCCAAGGCCUGUGUCUACAUGUUUGAAAUUCAGUGUUCAAUGAAACAAUGACAAACUUUUGAAAGCUCCUAAACACCUAAAAAAAGAAUGGAAGGAGAUGAGGAGUCUGAUGAAGAUCUCACUGAAUAUGCUGUUCAAUUUAGUAUCCAGGAGUCCCUCAAUACUGAACGGAAUCAGCAAAGGACUUCUCCCAGUCAUGAGGCAAGGUUUGUACCUGUCAGUGAUCAGAACAAGAAACUUGUAGCUGCCAUAAGAGAAGGAGUAGUCUUUGAUCUUCAAAACUAUGUAAAAUACAAAUAUGCUCUGGAUGAGGCUGAUGAGAGAGGCUGGUUUCCUUUACACGAAGCUGCUGUUCAGCCAAUUCAGCAAAUACUUGAAGUAAUCUUGGAUGCAUCUUAUAAAAGUAUGUGGGAAUAUAAGACAUGCGAUGGAGAGACACCAUUAACAUUGGCAGCUAAAUCUGGCCACGUGGAACAUGUCAGGACCUUGUUGGCAAAGGGAGUUUGGCCAAAUACCAUGAACAGAAAAGGAGAAACGCCUCUACUGAUUGCUGUAAGACAGAAAUCACAUGAAAUGGUUUCCAUUCUGAUUGAAUACAAUUGUGUCAUCAACCAACCAUGUGUUAAACGAUGGUCAGCAAUGCAUGAAGCUGCAAAACAGGGCUGCAGUGAUAUUGUUGCCCUUCUUGUGAAGAAUGGUGGAAAUGUCCAACAGAAAGAUGGAUACGGAGUAACACCUUUAGGUGUGGCUGCUGAAUAUGGACACUGUGAUGUAUUGGAGUAUUUAAUUCAUAAAGGUGGUGAUGUUAACAUAACAGCUGAUGAUGGAUCAUCAAUACUCUUUGAAGCAGCUGGUGGUGGCAAUCCUGAUUGUAUAUCUUUGCUGUUGGACUACGGAGGAAGUGGCAAUUUGCCUAAUAAGGCAGGGCAUCUUCCAAUACACAGAGCAGCAUAUGAAGGACACUAUCUGGCCUUGAAAUUCCUGAUUCCAGUUACAUCCAGAAGUGCAAUCCGGAAAAGUGGGCUGAGUCCCAUCCAUUCAGCAGCAGAUGGCCAGAAUCCACAGUGCCUGGAACUCCUAAUUGAAAAUGGGUUCGAUGUCAAUGUUCCUCUGGCAGGACACAUUUCACAAAGUUAUGAUGAUGAAAGGAAAAUGGCACUUUAUUUUGCAGUUUCCAACAAUGACAUUCUCUCCACUGAAAUAUUAUUGCAAGCUGGCGCAGACCCCAAUAAAGAUCCUCUCAAUUGCCUUCUUGUGGCUGUGAGAGCAAACAACCAUGAAAUUGUACGGUUGCUUCUUUCUUAUGGAGCAAAUGUCAACUGUUAUUUUAACCUUGUGAAUGACACUCAUUUUCCCAGUGCCAUUCAAUAUGCUUUGAAUGAUGAAGUCAUGCUAAGGUUGCUGCUUAACCAUGGGUACAACGUGGACCUCUGCUUUGACUGCAUGCAUGGCGAUAUCUUUGGAAAUUCUUUUUUGUGGCCAACAACAGAGGAAGAGAUAUUACCAGGCUGGACAUCUUGUGUAAUAGAAGAUAAUCCCUUCUGUGACUUUAUUACACUUCCUUGGAUGAAACAUUUAGUUGGACCCAUUGUCCGCAUUUUGAUAGAUUAUAUGGAUUAUGUUCCUCUCUGCACUAAACUUAAAUUUGUCUUGGAGACUCAGAAAGAAUGGCCAGAAAUUCAGCAAAUAUUAGAGAAUCCUCGUCCGCUAAAACAUUUGUGCCGCCUGAAAAUACGUAAAUAUAUGGGAUUAGUGAGAAGAGACAACACUCUAUCCGUGAAGAAUCUUCCUCUCCCCUCAAUUUUAAUGGAAUUUAUCCUCUUCAAAGAAUAUGACCUUUAUGGAAGAGAAUUACAUUUGGAAUGAUCAGAAUCCUAGACACAUUCCCUUGCUUAUUAAAUUUAACAAAGCUUUGGAUCAGAAUAUCUAAAUUGCCAAAUAUGAUGACUUCUAAAGAUUUCCUUAGGCCCAUGGAAGAGAUUUUUUUUAUACCUGAUGCUUGAAUGUGUUUGUUUUUUUUUUGGAGGGUGGGGGGAAUGACACCAGCUCCAUUGCUUCAUUUCCAUUUGUGUCAUAGAGACUUUACAUGUGGGAAAUCUUAUAUCAACUUCAUACUUAUAUACAGUAUUUGCAGAACUAUGCUAAUUUUCCCUCCUGCCUAUGCAUCUUGGUUUUAGUGUCUUUCCCCACCAUCUUCUCCAUUUCCGUUUGAAAUAGAGAUUGUUCAAUUGUCAAAAAUUAGUGGUUUUUUUCUUAGCACACAUCAUAAUUAAAUUCUAGAUAUAUUUUAAUAUUCUAAAAGAAAAGUAUUUCUUAUUAUGCAAUAUAACGUGUAACAUUAAAUUGUGGAAGAGUUAAAAGAUG